GGCAGCCUGUUCGGAUUUUCCAUCGCCCUGCAUAGACAACUCAAUCCUUCUGAUAAGAUGAUAUUGCUGGUUGGAGCUCCUCAUGCCAAAGCUUUACCCCGCCAGAAGGCCAACAUAACAGGGGGCCUCUACAGCUGUGAAAUUACCCCUGAUUCCAACGACUGCAAUCGCGUCCAGUUCGACAAUGAAGUGAACCUCAGAGUGGAGAUUAAGGAGAACCAGUGGAUGGGGGUGACAGUGCAGAGCCAGGGACCAGGUGGGAAGAUUGUGACUUGCGCGCAUCGCUACCAGAGGCGGUACUUCGUGAACACGCCUCAGGAGAUGCGGGACCUCUCGGGCCGCUGCUACGUGCUGAGCGAGGACCUGAGCAUCGACCCCGAGUCCGACGAGGAUGGCGGUCUCUGGAAAUUCUGCGAGGGCCGUGCCUCGGGCCACGAGAGGUUCGGAUUCUGCCAGCAGGGCCUGUCCGCCACCUUCACUAAGGACUACCAUUACACCGUGUUUGGAGCUCCCGGAGCCUACAGCUGGAAAGGUAUUGUACGAGUAGAACAGAAGAACAGCAGCCUGUUGGACCUGGGCCUUUUUGAUGAUGGACCUUAUGAAGUUGGGGCUGAGAACCUCCUGGACCCAGAUCUUGUGCCAGUACCAACUGACAGCUACUUAGGAUUCUCUGUGGAUUCUGGGAAAGGCAUCACCAGACAGGGCGAGCUGACAAUCGUGUCUGGGGCACCACGGGCCAAUCACAGCGGGGUGGUGAUCCUGCUGAGGACAGACUCAGAGCCGGUCCUCAUGCUGUCUCCAGAGUUCAUUCUGGAGGGGCCGGGACUGGCCUCCUCCUUUGGCUAUGAUGUUGCUGUGGUCGACCUCAACAGAGACGGGUGGCAGGAUAUUGCCGUAGGAGCCCCCCAGUUCUUCCUGAAAGACGGGGAUGUUGGGGGAGCAGUGUUCGUGUACAUCAAUCAGGAGGGGAACUGGGACAAAAUCACCCCAAUUCGCCUAAACGGCCCCAAGGAGUCCAUGUUCGGACUGGCAGUCGAAAACAUUGGGGAUGUCAAUCAGGACUCCUACGAAGACAUUGCUGUUGGAGCUCCCUACGAUGAUGCCGGUGCAGGGAGAGUGUACAUUUACCACGGCUCUGCUGAAGGAGUCGACACCAAGCCAGUGCAGGUUCUUGAAGGACAUGAUCACAAUAUCAAAUUAUUCGGGUAUUCUCUGGCUGGGAACAUGGAUUUGGAUGGAAAUUCUUACCCUGACCUUGCUGUUGGAUCUCUCUCAGAUGCAGUAUUCGUUUACAGGGCAAGACCAGUCAUUAACAUUGAGAAGGUUGUCAAGAUAACACCAAAAGAAAUUGACCUGACGAAGAAAACCUGUGGAAACAGUGUUUGUUUGACGAUUGACGCAUGCUUUACCUAUACGGCGAACCAAGCUUCCUACAACCCCAAACUGACUCUGGCCUACAAGAUUAAAGUGGACUCUGAGAAGAGGAAGCAGGGCCUGGCCAGCAGAGUCAAGUUCCUGAGGGAUGCCAAAAGCGACCAGGACCUUCAGUCCUCGGGAACCCUGGAGCUCCGCGGGCAGAACAAGAGGGGCUGCAUGACAGCUGAGCUCAAGCUGCAGGAUAACGUUAAGGAUACACAGCGGGGCAUUCCCAUUGAGGUGGCCGUGUCCAUUCAGAGCACCAGGCGGGGUAAGAGGCGGAGCUCUCUCCCACAGCUCCUCCCUGUCCUCAACUCCAACCAGCCCAGCAAGGUCAUCACGCAGGUGACCUUUCUGAAGGAGGGAUGUGGGGCUGACAGCGUUUGCCAGAGUAACUUACAGCUACAGCACAAAUUCUUCCAGAGAGAGCGCAACAGAGAUGAGUUUACUGCAUUACCUGUAGUGGAUGGAGUAGCAGUGUUAUCCCUCAGUGACCAGAAGGACAUCGUCCUGGAGGUCACAGUGAAUAACCACAAUGGGGAUGAUGCCCACGAAGCCAGACUGGUGGCAACAUUCCCCGAUUCUCUGCACUACUCGGCCUUCCGAUCCCAGAAGGCCGCGGGUAAACAGGAAGUGCGCUGUGUAGCCAAUCAGGAUGGGUCACGGGCAGACUGUGAACUGGGGAGGCCGUUCAAAAGAGAUUCAGAAAUCACUUUCUACGUAAUUCUGAGUGCUGCUGGUAUCUCUCUGAACACCACAGAGAUUGAAAUAGACCUUCAGCUGGAAAUGACAAGUGAGCAGAAAAAGAUUGAGCCGAUGAAAGCCAAGGCCAAAGUUAUCAUCGAGCUGCUGCUGUCAGUCUCAGGAGUGGCGAGGCCUUCCCAGGUGUACUUUGGGGGACAGGUGAAAGGAAAGAGUGCUGUGAAGACAGAGGAGGAGAUUGGCAGUCUGAUUGAGUACCAGUUCAGGAUAAUCAAUUUGGGAAAGCCUCUGAAAUCGUUUGGAACAGCUUCUCUGAACAUCCAGUGGCCCAAAGAGACUGCCGCUGGGAAAUGGAUCUUGUAUUUGGUGAAGAUUGACACAGAUGGCUUGGAGGCCAUCCCCUGCUCCCCUGGGAAAGAAAUCAACCCAUUCAAGUUCACUGAGUCCUCCUCAUCUAGGAAAACACGUGCAGUUGGAGACAGAAAAGCUUCAGAUUCAGGAGAGUUUUCUCUGUUCGCUGGCGAAAGAAAGUACAAAACUCUGACGUGUACUAAUGAGGCGAGAUGUGUGGAGAUCAGAUGCCCUCUACAGGGUCUGGACAGUAAUGCAGUCAUCUUUCUAAGGGCCCGUCUCUGGAAUGCCACUUUCAUUGAGGAUUAUUCAGACUUGCAUUACCUUCACAUCAUUGUGAAAGCGUCCGUUAGCCUCGAUGCGUCUCCACAGAACAUUGUUCUGAAAAAUGCCGAAACCCAGGUGAGAGUCACAGUGUUCCCAGAGAGGACAGUUGCACACUAUGCCAGUGUUCUGUGGUGGAUCAUCCUGGUGGGCAUAUUGGCCGGACUGCUGAUGUUGGCUCUGCUGGUGUUUCUGCUGUGGAAGUGUGGUUUCUUCCAGACAGCCCAUGAUGAUGGGGCAGGUGACAAGGCUGAGAGCAGCGUCCAAACCCCUGAGAGAGAAGCUGUCAACUGA